CAUAUGGGUGUGGGUGUACAUUAUGUGAUUGAGAAACAAAGUCUGGAGAACACCCCCACCCACCCGGCUCACUCUCCUCCUCAAUGGUUAUGGCAACGUUCCAGGUUGCUGGUGCGUUUUCUUUACGCACGGGAUUUGGCCCCUCUCACAUCAAAGGGCCCUGUGGAAAGGGGGUGGUCCCGGUGCAGGAGCAUAUAUAGGAGGGCCCGGCUGUGAACAACGAACAGAUUAUCAGAGCAAAAACCUGCUCCAAAAUCCGAGAGAGGAAACUGACAGCUGCAGACUUUUAGUGAAAAAGACCUGUUGGAUUUUACUGCUGAGAUAAAUUUCGCAAAUAAAUUGCAUUUCUGCUGCAAUCCAAACCUGCACAAGACUUUGACUUUUGCACUGGAUUUAUUUCCUUUUUUACGUUUUUACGCGUGUGCGUAAAAGUUUGGGUUCGUAGAUAAUAUUGCGGGGAAAACUUUUUAAAGGAUUUUACUAAUUGAUCAUAGAUAAUUGUCGAUAUCUUUGUCCACUUGUUGGAUUUCACAUUUUAAAUCAUGUGUUUCUUACGCGUUUUGAUUGGUUUAAUUGCAGCUUUGCGCGUCGGAGCGGCGCGCGGUGCCUGGGAGGAGAGCACCGUGGUGCCGGUCAAACUAAAUCCUCCAAUUCGGUCAGAGAGUGAAGCCGAACCGUGGCGGACUCUCUCGGCAGAGGAGAAAGAGAAGGAGGCGGAGAUGAAGGUGUACCGGUUGGACGUAUUUGGCAAAGAGUUGCUCUUACAGCUCGAGCCCGAUCAGACCUUCCUGGCGCCGGGUUUUGUGUUCCACGUUGUAGGGACGCCUGAAUCCGAACGGACAAAGGAAACGCAAAACUCAGCCGAACCUGGCUGCUUCUACUCGGGCACAGUGAACGGAGAACGAUUCUCCGCCGCUGCGCUCAAUCUGUGCCACGGACUCAGAGGAGGAUUCUACCUUCAGGGGGAAGAGUUCUUCAUUCAGCCCCUCAGUUCCACUGACUUUUUGGCCACGGACCAGGAUGUCCACACCAUUCGCCGGAGAGCUCCGGCAUCGUCAGCGGAGGAAGGGACCCCUAAGUGCGGGGUAAACGAGGACGAGGAGAGGGUUCCAAGGAAUCUGGAGAAAGAAGACACCUUGGGGGCAGAUAAUUCAGAACAUACAGCCCGACACAGAAGCAGACGUUUUGUCUCCACUCCUCGCUUCCUUGAGAUAAUGAUAGUGGCAGACCAGUCCAUGGCCGAGUUUCAUGGUGCUGGGCUCAAACCCUACCUUCUAACCAUCAUGGCUGUUGCAUCACGUCUCUACCGCCAUCCCAGCAUCCACAACUCCAUCAGCCUGGCUGUGGUGAAGCUGCUGGUGGUCUACGAAGAGGAAAGAGGUCCUCAAGUGUCAUCCAAUGCCGCUUUGACUCUCCGUAACUUCUGCCAGUGGCAGCAACAGCACAACCCUGCAAGUGACCGCCACCCUGAACACUAUGACACCGCGGUGCUCUUCACCCGAACAGACCUUUGUGGUGCUCACUCUUGUGAUACUCUAGGGAUGGCUGAUGUCGGUACAGUAUGUGAUCCUGAGAGAAGCUGCUCAAUUGUUGAGGAUGACGGGUUGCAAGCAGCUUUUACUGUAGCACACGAACUGGGCCAUGUGUUCAACAUGCCUCAUGAUGAUGCCCAGCUAUGCUCAGGAGUUAACGGUGCCCACUGGGGCUCCCACAUGAUGGCAUCCACACUGUCCAACCUGGAUCAGCUGCAGCCAUGGUCCCCAUGCUCCGCCCUCAUGGUCACCACCUUCUUGGACAACGGACAUGGACAGUGCUUGCUGGAUAAGCCUGCUAAGCCUCAGUCUCUCCCCCAGCCGCUGCCUGGGAUGGUCUACGAUGCCGACCAUCAGUGCCGAUUAACCUUUGGUGCAGAGUCCCAGCACUGUCCAGACCUAAGCAGUGUGUGUGCGGCUUUGUGGUGCACUGUGACUACAUCCAAUGGUUUGCUAGUGUGCCAGACAAAAAACUUUCCAUGGGCUGAUGGAACAUCAUGUGGACAUGAAAGUUACUGUCUGGCUGGACACUGUCUAACCAAGAGCCAAGCUGCCAAACACCAGACUCCGGUCAACGGUGGCUGGGGAGUGUGGGGUCCCUGGGGUGACUGCUCUCGAACCUGCGGGGGAGGGGUGCAGUAUUCCUUCCGCUCCUGUGACAACCCGCUGCCCAAGAAUGGGGGCAAGUACUGUGAGGGCAAAAGGAUUCAGUACCGCUCCUGUAACACAGAAGCGUGCCCUGAUACCAAUGGCCUGUCAUUCCGUGAGGAACAAUGUUUGGCACACAAUGACAUGUCAGCCCAAGUGUCGUUUGGCUCUGGCGAGGGAGUCGAGUGGGUGCCCAAGUAUGCUGGAGUGUCACCCAAAGACCGCUGCAAGCUUGUGUGCCGGGCCAAGGGAACUGGAUAUUUUUUUGUCCUCAAAUCUAAGGUAGCUGACGGAACUCCCUGCAGUCCAGAUUCCACGUCAGUUUGCGUUCAAGGCCAGUGCGUCAGCGGAUGUAAUCGUGUCAUUGGUUCUACUCUCCGCUUCGAUAAAUGUGGUGUAUGUGGUGGAGAUGGUUCUACGUGCAAGAAGGUGUCCUGAUCUUUGGAACGCGCCAGGCCAGGCUAUCAGGAUGUUGUGAUAAUCCCUGCUGGUGCUACGCACGUGGAUGUCAAGCAGCGGGCCCCUGGCAAUAGUCAUCAUGAUAACAGUUAUUUGGCAGUGCGGCGCCAGGAUGGAAUCUAUCUGUUAAAUGGUGAUUACAAGCUAAUGACAUUGGAGACUGACAUUGCCCUGCGAGGGGCACUGUUGCGAUACAGUGGCUCCUCUGCUACCCUUGAGCGUCUGCGCAGCUUUGCCCCACUCCCUGAGCCUCUUACAAUUCAGGUCUUAUCAGUCGGGGGAGUCACCAAGCCACGAGUUAAGUACAGUUACUUUUCCCCAAGACCUAAAAAUGCGUCAACCUCAAAUAACAAUGGAGGCCGCCGCCACUCCAUCAAUGCCAUCCGUGAGGUGGGUGGAGCUGAGUGGACCCUAAGGGAGUGGGGUCCAUGUUCUCAGAGCUGCGGUGGAGGUACACAGCAGAGGGAGGUGGUUUGUUUGGAUUUCCAGGGCCAGCCUUCCAGGGAUUGCCCCAAAGAACUUCGACCAUUGGCCUCAAGAUCAUGUGCCUUUCAGGCAUGCCCUUCAUGGCUCCUAGGAGAAUGGUCAGCAUGUUCCAAGACCUGCGGCAGAGGCUUCCGCAAACGCCAGCUGCGCUGUAUUGGCCACGAUGGACGCACACUAAGUUAUGAGAGUUGCGACCACAAAGAUCGGCCACGACCCCUGUUGGAACUGUGCAGUAAGGUUCCCUGCUGAACACUUUUUACAUAUUCUAACCUCCUUCCAUCCACCAAGAAGCUUCUAGAAGAUUAAAAACUGCCUCAUUUUUUAUACUAAAGAGGCCAGUGAAUGUUUACAUCAAGUGCAAGAGUGGUGCAGGUUUUCCUGAGUCCAACGUGAGUUGAUACCUUCUCACAUGUCAGUGGCUCAACAAUAACAUAGAGUGCCAUUUCUUCUGUCCAGUUUGGGUCUUGAUGCUGAUCACCUGUGGGGUUGUCACCUCACUGAAGCAACAAAGACUGCACAAAGCUUUGUAGUACAGUCAGUUUACCUCUGAGUAAGGAGAAGAAUGGCUAGAUAUUCCUGAUUAUCCUGAAAGAGCAUGCUUACUGUUCCCAUUGCAUGCAUCUGUGUGAGUGUUGGAAUCUGUAUGCAUCGUAUAAUUGCAACGGUGAGCACAGCUAACCUAAAACUUAGCUUCAAUAACUGCUAAUCUGCUAACGGAAACGGAGUAAAUUGUGCUAUCAGUAAACAAAUAAACUGAAGAAAAAAAAACAUUUAGCUGAAGCUACUGCUAACUGCUAACUUUUAUGAUAUACAUUUAGGUUUAGAUUGUUCUUUUUCUUUUCUUUUCUUUUUCUCCAAAAUCCUGAAAAACAGACUUAAAAAGCUGAAUUUUGAAUAUGCAUAGACAUAGACAUGGAGGCUCCCAACAAUGGUUAGCAUUCCAACGUA